ACUCUUACAAGUCAGCCUUGUUUAUUUUGUUGAAAUAGGUCAGCCAAAAGUGGCGUCUACUACAUAAAGACUAAACCAACAGUCACUAAAGUCUACUGCUACAUGGAGGAUGUCCCAGGGUGUGGUGGUGGUAUGGAUGGACAACCAUUAUGAAAACUAACGGAAAGAAGAAAACCUUUUUGUACAAAUCUGCUUUUUGGGCGAAUAAAAUUCCAUAUCGCGUGACCAAUGGCCAAUCAGGCGCCGAUGAUAAAGAGACAAAACUCCCUACCUACUGGACCCUGCCUUUUAAAAGUCUAUGUCUUGGAAUGAAGACCGCUGGCCAGAAGAACCCGAGAUGGAUUCGAUUGAACUACAAGGCAAGUUCGCUGUACUCUGUGAUCGCAGACGGUAAAUACCGCAAGGUCACCAUUGGUCGCAAUGUGUGGAAGUCACUGAUCGCGGGCUCGUCAUUGCAGAAGAACUGCAACAAAGAAGGCUUCAAUGUUGUUCCUGGCGAAGUCAACCACGAAAGAGUUAGAAUUGGAAUAUCAUCGAAUAAUGAAAACGCGUGUUACAACAACGAUUCGCGUAUCGGAUUCGGGGGGGAUGGUAUAAAAUGCGGUCGUGGUAGACUAUCUACCGGUAACUGCGCACGCGUUGGAGGUGACAACGGAGACAACACUACUCCAGCUCAUGGUUAUAUCUUAGCUAUGUAAUUCCUCUUGAAAAUACA